CUAUACUUCUUCCCCUCUUUCUUUUCUGUUUUCCCUGUUUUUUUUUUUUAUCAAUUGAAACCUAUAUUUCUAUUAUGCCUACCGUUAACGUAGAUAAACAAAGAUUGUUCGAAACUCUUGAACGAGAAUACACUUCCGAUGAAUUCAAUGAACUCUGUUUCCGUUUCGGUAUCGAACUUGAAGAAGAUACUUCUGAAGAUACAUCUGAUUCAGCACCUGAACGACCUUUAUUGAAAAUUGACAUUCCCGCCAAUAGAUACGAUUUGUUAUGUGAAGAAGGUAUUGGACGUGCUCUUAAAGUUUUCGAAGGAAAAGCCAAACCUCCUGUUUAUCGUGUUAUCAAACCUGCUAAUGGAAAGUUGGAACAAUUGAUUGUCAAACCUGAGACUGCACAAAUUCGACCUUUUGUUGUUGGCGCUAUUCUUCGUAAUAUCACUUUUACACCAGCUAACUAUGCCAGUUUUAUCGAUCUCCAAGAUAAACUUCAUAACAACAUUUGCAGAAAACGAACUCUUGCUUCUAUGGGUACUCAUGAUUUGGAUACUAUUCAAGGACCUUUCACCUAUGAAGCUUUGGCUCCCAAAGAUAUCAAAUUCAUCCCUCUUAAUCAAACUCAAGAAAUGGAUGGUAAUACAUUGAUGGAAUUCUAUGAGAAUGAUCGUAACCUUGGAAAAUUCUUACAUAUUAUUCGCGAUUCACCUGUUUACCCUGUGAUAUAUGAUGCUUCUCGUAUUGUGUGUUCUUUGCCUCCUAUCAUCAACUCGGAUCACUCCAAGAUCAAACUUACUACCAAAAACGUUUUUAUUGAAAUCACUGCUACUGAUGAACACAAAGUCAACACUGUCCUUAAUACUUUGGUAGCCAUGUUUUCUCAAUAUUGUGAUGAACCUUUCACCGUUGAACCUGUUGAAGUUGUUUAUCCCGAUGGAACUAUCAAGGUUACUCCCAAUAUGGAUACUCGUGAUGCUAGCGCUAAAAUAGAUUAUAUUAACGCAUGUACUGGACUCAACUUGGAAGGGGACGAUAUUUGCAAUUUGUUGAAAAAGAUGACAUUAGAAGCAACCAUCAAUUCAAAGGAUGCCAAUGAAGUCAAUGUCAAGGUACCUCCUACUCGAUGGGAUAUUUUACAUGCUUGUGAUAUUAUGGAAGAUGUGGCUAUCUCAUAUGGUUAUGAUAAUUUACCAAGGCAGAUGCCUGGUGUCAAUACCGUCGGUGCUGCUUUACCUAUUAAUAAGAUGAGUGAUCAUGCUCGACGUGAAUUGGCUCUUGCUGGUUUUACCGAAGUGGCUCCUUUGAUUUUGUGCUCUCAUGAUGAAAACUUCAAAUUCUUGAAUCGAGUGGAUGACGAAAAGACAGCAAUCAAAUUAGCCAAUCCUAAAACUGUGGAAUACCAAGUAGUACGUACAUCAUUGUUACCAGGUGUGUUGAAGACUAUUAGUUGGAAUAAGAAAUUACCGUUACCUAUCAAGGUGUUUGAAGUAUCAGAUAUUGGAUUAAAGGAUGAAUCUCGUGAACGUCGUACUCGCAAUGAACGCCAUGUAUGUGCUACUUACAGUGCCAAAACAUCUGGAUUUGAAGUGAUUCAUGGAUUGUUUGAGCGUAUGAUGACAAUGUUACAUGCUUCCAAGGUGAACAAGGAUAGCAAGGAAUUGGGUUAUUGGAUUCAAGAAGCUGAAAAUGGUACUUACUUCCCUGGUAGAUGUGCUGAUAUUUAUUACCGUUAUAUUGAUUCUGUUACUAACGAACGUAAGGUGGAAAACAUUGGAUCUUUUGGUGUAUUGCAUCCUUCUGUAUUGGCCAACUUUGAACUACCUUACCCCACCACUGCCUUGGAAUUCAAUUUGGAACCUUUUGUAUAGAUUAUUAGUCUUUAGUUAUAUAUUUGUAUGCAUUUGAUGUUGUAGAAAUAAAACACUUUAUUUUUUUUUUAUAA